ACCUUAAAACGCAGCACGGUUCAUGAAGUGAGAGACAAGUCGGACGCGGAGCCCGGUUUCCUCGGCCGCCGCCGGUGCUGGGUGGACACGGUGGGACUCAGGUCCCCGAAGACGACCCUCUCCCCUGGGCUUCCGGUGAAACUGCAAAAGUCAGCAGUCCCAGCCAGCCCUCCGGCGUUCCCGCAGCGUCCUCCCUCGCUCGAGGCUCGAGGCAACUGCUGCCGCCUUCGCCUCGGGUCUCCGCGGCGGCGGACAUCAAAGAGUUGGAAGGCUAUCUGGUGUAUCGAUGCCUUAUUGAUAAUGGCAGAACACCCGCCGUUGCUAGACACAGCUCAGAUUUUAAGUAGCGAUAUCUCUCUUCUAUCUGCCCCAAUUGUAAGUGCAGAUGGAACACAACAGGUUAUCCUGGUACAAGUUAAUCCAGGGGAAGCAUUUACAAUAAGAAGAGAAGAUGGCCAGUUUCAGUGCAUUACAGGUCCUGCUCAGGUUCCAAUGAUGUCCCCAAAUGGUUCCGUGCCUCCUAUUUAUGUGCCUCCUGGAUAUGCCCCACAGGUUAUUGAAGACAAUGGUGUUCGAAGAGUCGUUGUGGUUCCGCAGUCACCAGAGUUUCAUCCUGGUGGCCACACAGUUAUCCAUCGCUCCCCACAUCCUCCUCUGCCUGGUUUCAUUCCCGUCCCAACCAUGAUGGCCCCUCCACCACGCCAUAUGUACUCACCAGUGACUGGAGCUGGCGACAUGGCAACACAGUAUAUGCCACAGUACCAGUCUUCACAGGUGUAUGCAGAUGUAGAUGCCCACUCUACACAUGGCAGGUCCAACUUCAGAGAUGAAAGAUCUAGUAAAACGUAUGAACGUCUGCAGAAAAAAUUAAAGGAUCGCCAAGGAACACAGAAAGAUAAAAUGAGCAGUCCACCACCAUCACCUCAGAAAUGCCCUUCUCCUAUAAGUGAACACAAUGGACUCCUGAAAGGGCAGAAUGCCAGUGUUAUGAACAUAGGAUUGGCCAGAAACAAGUCGGGACGAGGGAAAGGUUGUACUCAAGUUGAUCCAGAAAUAGAAGAGAAAGAUGAAGAAACUAAAGCAUUUGAAGCAUUUCUUUCCAACAUUGCCAAACCAGUGGCUUCAGACAUUCAGGCAAGGACAGUUCUGCUUACCUGGUCACCUCCUUCCAGCGUCGUUAAUGGCGAAGUGAACGAAGCAGCUGUACCAGAGCUCUGCACUUACGAAGUACUGCUGUCGAGCACUGGGAAGGAAGGGAAAUACAGAAGCGUUUACGUAGGAGAAGAAACAAGCGUCACUUUAAAAGAUCUGAAACCAGCCACAGAUUACCACGCAAAAGUGCAGGCAGAGUCCAAUUCGAUAAGGGGAAUUCCUUCGGAAGCUGAAAGCUUUACCACCUUGAGCUGUGAGCCUGAUACACCCAAUUCUCCCAGGAUAGCCAACCGGACCAAAAACUCGCUCACUUUGCAGUGGAAGGCACCCAGUGACAAUGGUUCUAAAAUCCAAAGCUUUAUUUUAGAAUGGGAUGAGGGGAAAGGAAAUGGAGAAUUUUGUCAGUGUUACAUGGGCUCACAGAAGCAAUUUAAAAUUACCAAACUGUCACCGGCAAUGGGUUGUAAAUUUAGAUUAUCAGCCAAAAAUGACUAUGGUAUAAGUGCUUUCAGUGAAGAGGUCUUGUACUACACCUCGGGCUGUGCCCCCUCUGUACCCGCAAGUCCUGCGCUGACCAAGGCUGGAGUUACGUGGCUGUCCCUACAGUGGACGAAGCCCUCGGGAACACCAUCAGAUGAAGGGAUUUCUUAUAUUUUAGAGAUGGAGGAGGAAACAUCAGGUUAUGGUUUUAAGCCUAAAUAUGAUGGAGAAGAUCUUGCUUACACAGUGAAAAAUCUGAGACGUAGUACAAAGUAUAAAUUUAAGGUCAUUGCUUAUAACUCAGAAGGUAAAAGCAAUCCGAGUGAAGUAGUGGAAUUCAGUACCUGCCCGGAUAAACCCGGAGUGCCUCAGAAGCCUUCGGUGAAAGGGAAGAUACACUCACAUGGCUUUAAGAUUACUUGGGAUCCACCAAAAGACAAUGGAGGCGCGCCCAUCAAUAAGUAUGUAGUGGAGAUGGCCGAAGGUUCUAACGGAAACAAGUGGGACAUGAUCUACAGUGGCGCGACCAGGGAACAUCUCUGUGACCGGCUGAAUCCAGGCUGCUACUACCGCUUGCGGGUUUACUGCAUUAGUGAUGGAGGGCAGAGUGCGGUCUCUGAAUCUUUGCUGGUGCAGACUCCAGCUGUGCCUCCUGGCCCAUGCCUCCCUCCCAGGUUGCAGGGUAGACCCAAAGCAAGAGAAGUACAGUUACGAUGGGGACCUCCACUGGUUGACGGUGGAUCACCCAUUUCCUGUUACGCAGUGGAAAUGAGCCCUGCAGAUAAAGAUGAGCCCAGAGAUGUUUACCAAGGCGCUGAAGCGGAGUGUACAGUGAGCAGCCUUCUUCCGGGAAAGACAUACAGCUUCAGACUGCGAGCAGCAAACAAAAUGGGGUUUGGACCAUUUUCAGAAAAAUAUGAUGUCACUACAGCCCCUGGUCCCCCAAACCAGUGCAGGCCCCCGCAAGUGACGUGCAGAUCUGCGACUUGUGCACAAGUCAGUUGGGAGAUUCCUUUGAGUAAUGGAACUGAUGUCACUGAGUACCGGCUGGAGUGGGGAGGAGUUGAGGGAAGUAUGCAGCUGUGUUACUGUGGGCCUGGCCUCAGUUGUGAAUUAAAAGGACUCUUACCAGCUACUACGUAUUAUUGCAGAGUUCAGGCUAUGAGUGUUGUGGGUGCAGGUCCUUUCAGUGAAGUUGUAGCCUGUGUGACUCCACCAUCAGUUCCUGCCAUUGUGACCUGUCUUCAAGAAAUAAGUGAUGAUGAUAUAGAAAAUCCCCAUUACUCACCUUCUACCUGCCUUGCAAUUAGCUGGGAAGAGCCUUAUGACCAUGGUUCAGAAAUCCUUGCCUACAGCAUAGACCUUGGAGAUAAGCAGCCCUUGACAGUGGGGAAGACGACAAGCUAUAUCAUAGACAAUUUGCAACCUGACACAACAUACAGAAUACGAAUUCAAGCCUUGAAUAGCCUGGGAGCUGGUCCUUUCAGCCACACGAUUAAAUUAAAAACGAAGCCCCUCCCACCCGAUCCACCUCGGCUGGAAUGUGUUGCCUUUAGCCACCAGAACCUUAAGCUUAAAUGGGGAGAUGGAGCUCCAAAGAUAUUAUCAACAGAUGCUGUUCAGUACCACCUUCAGAUGGAGGAUAAGAAUGGAAGGUUUGUCUCCCUGUACAGAGGACCUUGUCAUACGUACAAAGUACAAAGGCUCAGUGAGUCCACAUCCUACAAGUUCUGCAUUCAAGCCUGUAAUGAAGCCGGGGAAGGUCCUCUCUCCCAAGAGUAUAUUUUCACCACUCCAAAAUCUGUCCCGGCUGCCUUGAAAGCCCCCAAAAUAGAGAAAAUAAAUGAUCACGUUUGUGAAAUUACAUGGGAAUAUUUACAGCCAAUGAAAGGUGACCCAGUUAUUUAUAAUCUUCAAGUUAUGAUGGGAAAAGAUUCAGAAUUCAAACAGAUUUACAAGGGCCCUGAUACUUCAUUCCGGUAUGCCAGCCUUCAGCUCAACUGUGAGUAUCGAUUCCGCGUGUGUGCCAUUCGCCAAUGCCAGGACCCUGUGGGGCACCAGGACCUGGUAGGUCCCUACAGCACCACAGUGUUCUUCAUCUCCCAGAGGACAGAGCCCCCGGCCAGCACCAACAGAGACACUGUGGACAGCGCGCGGAACCAGCGCACUCUUAGUGACCAGCAGUGUGCCGCCGUCAUCAUGGUGUUGUUUGCUUUUUUUUCCAUUCUGAUUGCCUUUAUCAUUCAGUACUUUGUAAUCAAGUGAAAAUAUAACUUUAUUUUUAACACUGUAUUACAUUUUAUUUUGUCAUGUACUAAAAUUAUUUCUGUAUUUCUUUUACAAAAUGGUGGCAUUUAGCACUGGCAUUGAGACUAUAUAUUGAAACAUGGUUUUGGCCUUUUCAGUGCUUAUGUUGUUAGGCAAAAGCUGACACUUCGUGAGAGUCCAGCCACAGAAGCAUCAGUCUGGGAAGGACUGGUUCUUUUAUUCUUGGGUUGGGGCUUCCCACCUUUUUUCUUUUUUCUUUUUUUUUUUUUCUCUCCUCCCACCCCCACCCCACAUUGGAUAUGCCUUCUAGUAGAACAAACUUCCUAAAAGGCAGCAUUUAUGAUUGUUUUGACCAGUCAGCAUGAGUAAAAAUAGCCACAUCUAUUUGUUUUGAAGAUGAUUACCAUGUGAAAUUUUCAGAAUGAUUAGAAUUUACACUAACGUGCUCUACGAAACUUGUUCAAGUCUGAUGCUGUGAAAGCAAUCUAGUGCUAUAUUUCUACCUCCUCAUUUGUCUUAAUUGUUUGGUAAGUAGAAUUUUGAUGAAAACUGGAGGGCUUAGCAAACAGAAACUGGAUGAAGGAAUCUGAGGGAGAAAAGCUCCUGUUUGGUCAUUGUGGAGUUCUUUCUUACACAUACACAUGAAUUCACAAGUGAGUCUAAGAAAGCACAGACCCAGAAAUGUCAAUCUUUACUUGAACAGUACCUCUUUUUGGGAUUUGAGAACAGAGGACAUUUAAAUAAUAACUAAAUUUGAAGCCCUUAGCUUCUGUUUUCUGGGCCUUUAAACUGUGUGUUCGCGUGUGUGUGUGUGCAUGUGUGUGUGUGUGUGUGUAAGUGCAUACAUGUACAUAGGAGCUGUGUGCAAGACUGUCAGGUAAGGAGACGUGUCUGCGCUCACCACCUGGUCUAGGCUAUCUUUGAAGGACUCCCAGUGGCUUUGCAGCAUCUCCUGUAACUACUGCCGUUGCCAUCAGAAUUUCUAAUCAAACUCAACCUUUUUGUUUGGGGUACCAAAUCUGAAGACAAAAUUAAUUUGCACCAGUAAACUUCAAGCUGCUUUCUUUCUUUGAGAAACUAAUGUUUAAUGUAUAAUGUCUGUUUGGAUACUGUUCCAAAUUGUCGAUUGCAUGUGGGUACCGCUGCAUUAGAGCACUUUGCAAAUUGCACAGUUCAUUAAUGUUUUGUGAGCUUGCAUUUGUGAGUUGUUGGAUGGUCAGAUUGAACUUCGUCAUAUCACAUUGUACAUCUCACCUCGAUAGCAAUGACUGCCAGUAAUAAUACAGUCUGCAAUGAAUUUAUAUGAAAAUUUUGUUUUAUCACAUCUGUUAUCUGUAGACAUCUGUAACUAGCUUCUUUAAUUUAUUAUUUUAGUUUUAGAGUAUUGGGUCACUAAUUUUUAGUUGCUGAGGUCUGCAUUUUAGUGAUUACUAAGCACUCUGUCUGUCAAAAAGUAAUGUAUGUUUUGUGCUUUGAUGAACUUUGAAGAGUUUCCCUUAUAAUAGAAUGGGCAUGUAUUGUAAUUGUUUUAUGUCAAAUGAUCUGCGCUAUAGAAAAAAACAUUAACCUUUACUCAAAAAAGAAACAGAUAAACUUGGCCUCUCCAAGUGUAAGAAAACCCUGUCACUAUAAUAUACUGUAUGUUUACAUUUUAUUUAAUCUCUUACCAAUAGGGUGAUAACUUGUCCCCCAAACAACAGCGAUUACGAUUGUUUUCUAGAAACUUCUUAAAGUGCCGCAUUUGGCAGUACAAAUGAGUCUGAGUGUAAGAGCCCAGAGAUUUCUAUAUAGUUGAAUGUCUAAAAUGGUAAAAUGUGCCACAUAGUGGCUUAUGUUUUUCAUAGUAAUUCAAAUGAACUCCUAUUUUUGAUAGUAAAUGUCAUUUAAUAGUGUACUUGCCAUUUGAACCUCACUGCAAUGUUAGUGCAGAGGAGAAAACAAUUUUUAAUGUAAUCUUGAUUUUACCUCAUAUAUUGUACAUUCCAAAAACUCAACUUUUUAAAGAUGAUAGAUACACUACCAAACAUAUCACCUUAAAAUUGUAUACAGUUGAGCUUCAUACAAGUGAAAAAAUAUAAUCUCAUAAUACAUAAAGUAUGUAGCAAAGUAUCUGUAAAAUCCAUGAAAAAUAAAAGUUGUAUCAUUCUUUUUUGA